GCUGAUCCCAUUCGGAAAUCUGAUCCUCCCAUCAAUGCAUCUGCCACUAACUGUGAGGUGACCUUUGCUCCAGAGGCUGUUGAGUCUUUUCUGCAAGAUCUCCAGCACUCACUGAGCAAUACCUCAGAUGAUGAGGCAUCAUCUCUUGAGACCUCAAGAGGUCCUCUCCUAGCUUCCUCAAACUGGAGCACAAGACAUAGUCUCUUUUCAGAGAGAUGGAGGACAGAGAGACCACGUCUGGUGAACACCGCUGCGGCACAUGAAAAUGUAGCAACACGCAUCUGCCAACAGUGUGGGAGCAAUCCAGCUGCUGUCUGCUGCAGUGACUGUCGACCACAGCCCUUUUUCUGUGCUCAGUGUGAUGUCAGUAUGCACACCAGACAUGUUCUCCAUAACAGAGAUGCCAUGACGGCUGGAUUCUACCAGCCAUUGCCUCCAACAACUUUUGUUGUAGAUAAGGCUCUUUCCCAUUGUGUACGGCUUGUACCUGUGGAGAUCCCUUACAAAAUCUGUGAUUGUUCACGAGAGUCACUAAGGGUCAGUCCAGGGAAGACUGUUGCUGUAAUCACAAUGAAUGGACGAUAUGAUCUAAGCAUGCCUGAGUUGAGUUGUGAGGCAUGCCAAGCCACGUGGGCUGCUGGAGUGGGUGAUCUAAAUCUGAGUGACUACUGGCCUGCAACCCUUCACUUUGCCACUAUUUAUGCCACAGAUGUCUUCUUCUCAUUUGAAGAAAUGAACAUGUCAACACUUUCUCAGCAUUAUUAUUAUUAUUAUUAUUAUUAUUAUUAUUAUUCCUAAUCAGGUGAUUUGGAGUGGGGCAUAUCAGGAUGGGGCUGGUUUAACCCUAGGUGAGGAGGUGGAACAGUGCAAUGCUUUCCUGUCUAGGAUUGCAGUGACUACAAAACACAUGUCCAAAGCAGGGCGCACAGACAUGCUGACUCUCAUGGCCAUGCACUGGAAUCAGCAAAAGAUCUACACUUUGGCCAUCACACUGACCCGCCGAUAUCAGAAGACCACAAAAGCUCUGCAAAACCAGUUGCUAAACCUAGAGUCUUUAAAAGUUGAACUGGCAGUGACAGAGAGCCAGUUGGAAGACUGGCUCAACGAAGUAAAGGAGUGGGCAGAUACAGCAGCAACAACAACCACAAAUGAUGCUGAUGCCUUGGCCAGCAGAAUUGAGGUACUUGUGGCGAGUAUCAAGAGACGUUCUCAGCGUCUCUAUAAAGAUACAGAUGGCAACAAAGGUCGUGCCAGGAUCCGCCGCAAAAUCAGGGAGGAGAAGGGGACCCUGACAUCAAUUGUUGAGAAAUACAACAGAAUGGUUCCAAACACAGAAACUCUGUGCUUGGAAACCAUUUUGUCUGGUGAGACAGCUUGGCCAUGGCAGCUACCACACAGUGACUCUGUUAAUUUUAGGACAAAGAGAAAGGCAUUCGACAUCAUGAUGUCAUUAAGGAGACUUCAGGAGGAGCAGAAGAUUCUUGUUGCAGAGAUGAACAACCAUUGGAGAUAUCUUUCAACUCGUGCUGAUGCCCUCAGAGAACUGUCCUGCUGCUUUGCCAAGGAGACAAUAAAAAAUUCGCAAUGUGGCCUAACUGAAGAGGGUUUGAAAGGUCUGCAGUGCAUCAUCCACAGAAAGCAGCGUAAAUCAGAGAUAUGAGGGUGCAAGCAAGAGACUGUUACCUGCAAGUUUUGACUGGAGCAGAGAACACCAACUUCUUUAACCAACUGUCAGCUGAUGACUACAACAGUGACUUCGACAUUUCUGAUGACGAACUGUAAUCCAGAAGACAAUGUUUUUUUUUUUUGUUUUUUUUUGAUGGUGACCUUGACCUUAACCCUGAAUCUAAAGCAUGUAAUAAAAUCUGCUGUUGAUCACCUUAUAAAUAUACCCAAAGUGUACUGUCUGUUUUUUUCCACGUUACAUAGAAAUGAUUUUAUGCAUGCCUCUACAACCAGUCAGUGGUGAAAAUGAAGUGCAUUAUUGUAAGGCUAAGUAAAGUACUGUAGUAAAUUAUAGAUUUGAGGUACUUUCUCAUCAUGCCACUGUGUAGUUGGGCUAGGCUAUAGUUCACAGAAACUUUAUUUUGUUAUAAAUAAAACUACUCUUUUUGUGCUUACAAUGUAAGUACAGCCCAACUUAGAAACCAAACAUUCAGUUGAGUAAUGGAGAAAAUAAUUAGCAGACCAACCUUUAUUAAAAAUAUAAUUUGAUAAUGUUGUCUACAACGGGUUUUUAAUCUUUUAGGUGUUGCGGAGCUCCAAAUAUGAUCAUCAUUGUUUG